ACCACAAGUGCGACAAGUCAAAGGUCGGAAAAGUGAAGUUACGAUAAUCGGAUCUCGGAGCAGCAAAGUGCUUGGCGUGCGAUGCGAUGUCUGACGGGUAACCACAGAUUAGCGGUCGUUUCUUUGGGCCAACCGAUAUUAUUUGUGCGAAGAGAUACACAUUUUUGAACGUGAUGUGAAGAAAACCACCGGUGGAUAAUAAAAGUGUUGGAAUAGUUUGUGUCGAAGUGUUUAAUUCUACCCGCCAUUGUAAUGAUGAGUCAAGUGAGAAGCAACCUUUAAGCUUCCGUUUCAAUUUAACCGUCUCUCUCGAAUAAAGUACUCAAUUAUGGAUGCCGCUUCUUGUAUGAAACUUUGGAUAUACAUCGUAGCCCUAACGCUGGCGAGCUGUGACACCAUUCAAAGCCCGGCGGAACUCGCGCUACCGGAACCGGUGUGCGGUCAAAUAUCGCAAAUGCUGGACAGCUGUUUCCGCAACUCGUCGCCCUCGGUCGCCGUCGAGCUGCUGCACUCGGUGAAGAUCCCCGACUCGGCGGAGGAAAUUAGCAAUCGCUGCCUGUUGUUCAAUCGAGGCAUGGAGUGCGUUCAGCACUACUUGAAUGUCUGCGUUGACCAGCAGGAACGGAAAAUCAUUGAAAACGAAGUUUAUGGUGCCAAGCGACUGUACGAGUUUCUGUGCCGUGACCGGUCCUUUCAGAAAGAAUUCCUGCAGCACAAGGAGUGCUUCCACCAUGUCCACGCCGAUUGGGACGCUUGUUCGAACAAAUUUGUGAGCAUCCUCAAGGAGGAGAUGACGAAGACGACGAAACAAUCGAUGAACGUGCAGUACAUGCAGUUCUGCUGCGCCCGGUACGGUUACGAGAACUGCGUCUACAACAGCGCCCGGCACAAGUGCCGCCAGGAGUCGGCCGUCUUUUUGCGCACCGUCGCGAAACUGCUCUCCACCGACCGGCACUUCCUGAACUGUGAUAAGAUCGAGCACGAGGUGUGCUCGGCCGCUGGCAAGGAGCUGGCCCGGCACCGGGGGCCACUAUCACUGAUGGGCGUGAUUGGCUUGCUGCUGUCGACGAACCUCCGGCUCCGAUAGGAUGGAGGCGCAUGGUGCCCGACAAAGAUCCGUCACAGCGUAACCGGAUGGCGUGCGAAGCGGAAAAAACGAAUUAGUUUGCACUCCCACGGUUCGUAUAUCAUCGUCCAUAAUUAAGUGGGACACACAUCAGCUAACGAAGUGCGAAAAGAAACAAUUUGUCUUAAUCGAUGCGGUGCUGUGGCGGAAGUUUUCGGUUUCAUUGGUGUGCGUAAUUGGCAGUAGGUCGGCGGGACCCGAUUGUUAACAGAGGUUUGCUUCACUACGGCACAGGAUACGGCGCUCGAUUUUUCAAAACUAUAUUCACGAAGAAAAGUAUAUCGAUUUGAUAAUAAAAUCACGACGAUUGCGACGGAGUUUCAAUGGUAUUUGUAGUGUAGAAGGGCUGUUGCGGUCCCAGACCUGGCACUCGGGUCGGUCGUAGAUGUAUAAUCAGCAUGUUGUGAUAUGGACUGCGUAUUGCGCGUUGCGAAGAGUUACACGUUGUACACGUUUCUUUUACAAUUUAAAAUAAAUUCCAA